GUCUUUGGCGCUGUCUGGAAGCCGUUAGUGACGGAAAAGCGCCGAAACAGCGACGGUGAGGCCUCGGCGAUUUCUCGGUAGUUAGCGGCGCUCGGAGGCCGCGAGUGGGCCGGUGGGCCCGGCAGCCUCGCUCGCAGUCGGCAGUCGGUCAUUUCGGGCGGAAAUAGAGGGGAAAAUGGCGAGCGCUGUGCCUGUCGGGGAUGUGGUGGUGGUGGCGGCCGAGGCCACGAGCCUGGAGGGGGAGAGCUCAGAGGAGAACAAGACCCAAGUCAUCCUGCAACUGCAGUCGGUGCAGCACGGAAUGUGUGAAGAAGGAACUGAGUCAAACUGCAAUGCUUCAGUUGUUACUGUGGAGACUCACACUUUACAGAAGUUAGCAGAUGGUGAAGAUAUCUGCAAUGAGGAUGUUGAAAUCGCUUAUCCUAUUACUUGUGGGGAAAGCAAGGCCAUCUUAAUGUGGAAGAAGUUUGUUUGCCCGGGGAUUAACGUGAAAUGUGUAAAGUUUAACGAGCAGCUCAUAAGCCCAAAGCAAUUUGUACACUUUGCAGGGAAAUCUACUCUGAAAGACUGGAAAAGAGCAAUUAGAAUAGGUGGUGUAAUGUUGAGGAAGAUGAUGGAUUCUGGGCAGUUGGACUUUUUUCAACACGAUAAAGUCUGCACCAACACCUGCCGCAGCACGAAGUUCGAUCUUCUGAUCAGUAGUGCUAGGGCACCAGUCCCCAGUCAGCAGAGCAAUGUGAUACAGACUCCAACCUCUAUUGAAGGCAAUGGGACACACAUCACCGUAUCCGAAGACAAUACUGAAGAAUGCAUUGAGUGGAGUCCAGCUCUUACCACAGUGGCAGUUACUACAGAGGAUCUAAACAGGAAAGAUGGUGAAGAAAUCUCUGAGGAUACUUUGGCUUUCUGGAAAGGAAUAGCAGAUGUGGGUUUGCUGGGGGAAGUUGUCACCAAUAUUCAAAAGGAGCUGAUGGAGAUGCUGUCUGGUGUUCAGCAACGGAUGGGUCAAACUCCACUUCAAAUUACAGAUGCUGCAGUUCUGAACAACAUGGCACACACUUUUGGUCUCCUAGAGACUGUGAAGAAAGUAUUAGACAACAGGAAGAGUCAGACUGAUCAAAGUCAAGAACAGAUUCAUAAUGAUCUUGCUGAACUGGAACGUCAGCUGGAGGAGCAGAGGAGACGAGCCAAGGAACAAAAGUUGAAAAACCAAACAUUACAAAAUGUGGUGCUGAUGCCAAUUGCUACUCCCAAACCCAACAAACGCCCUCGACUCCAGAGACCGGCCUCAGCCAGCAUUUUGACCCCAACCACACCGGUUCAACAGCCCCAGUUCACUGUCUUGUCACCUAUUGCGAUCACACCAAUAGGAACAAACUUUUCUGUUGCCAAUGUCACGACCAUGCCCGUGGCCAUUGCUCAGCAAUCCAGCCCUGUCACUGUCCACACACUGUCAGGUGGAUCACAGCUUUUCACCAGGUAUGCCGCCGUGGUCAGUGCGCCCAAGACAACUACCUCUGACACGGUUACCAUUCAUCCUGCCUCCAGCCUUGCCCUGCUGAGCACGGCCGCCAUCCAAGACAGCAAUGCCAUCACGACAAUGGCUGGUGUCAGUGUCAGCCCUGUGGAGCUGGUCACAGUGGACUCUGGUCUGGCCUCUGUCGUUCAGAGCCAUAGUGUUGACCAGUCAACAGCAGAAUCACAGACUGUGAUCGAAAUUCACCCUGGGCCGGCCAUGGAUUCAGACCAAGAUGGUGUGGCAGAAGCAGAUUGUGAUGACAAGACACCUGACACGGACAAUGAAGCCCAAAUACAAGCCAUUGAAAUUGUGGCCCAUGAGGAUCAGCAGGAUGAGGGAAAUGAGGAAAAUUAAAGACACAAAGCAAACAUUUGAGCUUUAAAAGUAAUCGCUUGGCUGUAUCUGAAUGUACUGUUACCAAAAUGUAGUUAAGUGUAAAAGGUAUGAAUUUUGACAUGAUUUUUUUAAAGGAAGGAAUGCAAUAUUAUGAUGCGUUCUCUGUGCUCCGUUCCAGCCGUGGAUUAGAAUCCGCUCCGGUUUCCUUCAUUUUGUACGCUGCUUUUAACCAAGUGUUUGAGUAGCAUGUAAUCAUCUCACGUUGUUUGCCCCUUCUCAAAACAACUUGUAAUGAAGAUGCAGUCUUUGGUUUUCUGAUGUAAUUGAAUGCAAAGUGUGUACUAGAUCCACAUUCUUAAAAUUGUUUAUCACGAAUUAGCCACUGCUGGCAUUUGUAAAACAAAGUGAAUUGAUUCGGUUUAACUUGAGCCAUAUUCUGUACAUGGCAUCCACAUUUGAUUCCUUUACCUGAAAGAGGUAGGAGUUGUUCAAUCUUAAAGAAAAGAUUUUGAAGGACAAAUAGCAGUUUGUGACAAAAUCACUUAACAAAAGUUGUACUCUUGCACUGUUGCAUUGGAUAAUUGGAGAGGAAUUUGGGAAGCAGUCACUGCUGGUGUAAUAGGUGAGAAAUCAACAACUCCAGAUGGUGCAGACUGAUGUGAAAUAACAAGUGGUUGGAAACGAACAGCGCAUACAUCAGCAUUUGGGGGAAAAUGCCUGCAUCUUGAGACUCUCCUUCACUCUUAGUAAUGAAAAAGUCAACAAAAGAUUAAUGUCUCCUCUUUUUGGAUGCUGCACAUCUUGCUAUUCACUGGUGUUUUUACUCCUUUAAUUGUAACCUCCUUGCCUACCCUUGCCAAAAUUUGAACAGGUUCCUUUUGUGGAAGGGCAGCUUCAUUGUGUCUCCUUUUCGAUGAUGUUUCUCAAUGUGAGCCUGUAAUGUUUUCAUUUGCUUAUUAUGAAUCCACAAUAUGUACAUUUUUUAAACUAAACCAACAAAGGAUUAAUAGCAUUCCUAUAUAGCAAUUAAAUGCAUGUGACAGAAGGUGAUUGAAAUUAAUCAAAUGCUUUUAUUUCUUUGUCCUGUGUAAAUAUACAUUUAUUUUUGUAAUUCACCUCUUCCAGUGGCUUUUGCUAACAGGUACAAAAUUGAACUUGAUGACAAUUGAUUUAAUUUUAAUAAGCUGAUCUUAACCAGGCAAUUAAUAUAGCUGGUCCCAGUUCCUUUGAAUUAUGGAAAGCCCAGACCACUUACCUGUUCUUUAGUAUCUGUUUGGACAUUGGAUAGAAAGCUAUCUGACUCUUUCAGAGUCACAAUAACCUAUGGGGAUAUAUUGUCUAUAUUUGCACACCAAAUCAAACUAGAUUUUAGAGUGCUUCAAAACAAUUGUUUACGUUGAAUCAGUUGUCCUUUAACACUAAUAGGAUGAAAUCACGAGUCAGUCAGCUUUGGCUAGUGUGGGUCAGGUCAUGAGUUCUUCCCUCUGAGGAGAGAAUAACUACGAUUUACAAUCUUAUCAAAAAGUCCUACAACCAGCAAAUCCUUGCUGCAGUCCAGGAACUCUGCAUUGGUCUUAGUGAGACAUCUGGCUUAAGUCAGACUUCAAGGAAGGGUCACGUUGUCAUGAAGCACUUGUUGUUUAAGCUAUGUGGUAGUGUAUCGUAGCUAAAGGACUGUUCCUUUCAAGAAAUAAUGGGAGGGAAUGGUAUGUAGACUUCUCAAAUAAUAAUUGUAAAACCCAUCCUUUCUUGACCAAACCUUUACUCAGUAGUCUUAGAAAAUGGUGACUAUUUUAAGUACUUUGUUUACGCCUACCUCUACAGAUUCUCUCUACACCUGAGGGCUGUCCCUGAGCAUUUCUCUCAUUCUGCCCUUUCAGUCCUUCGCUCAGCCUUUAGGAAUCAAUACAUCAACCAGGGACCCAGAGAAAGCCCACACAUUCCACAGGGAGGAUGUACAGAGGACACUGGGAUUGAACUCUGAAUUCCAAGACCCCAAUCUGUAAUAGCUUCACACUUAUGUCUAGGGAAAUAACAUUUUGUGAGAAGUGAAACUAGCUUAAUGGACUGGCCAUAAUCUUCUGAAUACCACUACCUAUUAUUUCUGAUAGAAAGUGUCAAAAAAACUUGCCUAAAUUUUGCAUUACUGUAUGAUGUCCAUUAUUUUGGGCUGUUAGAAAUUGCAAAGUGACUGGUAGCCAAUGGUAGACAUUUGAAUUCCAUUCCCCAGACCUGCAAUAUUUUACAGGUUUUUAUUUUGAAAGUUGAGUCAUUCCCUUUUAAAUUAUAAACUACAUAUUGAUCAAUUGAAACAGGGCCUUGUGUGUAUUUGCAAGGAACAAAGAAAAUGGGAUUGAUGGCAAACACAUUAAAGGCAGGGCAAAUGGAAAGGGGGUAUGGUCUGCUCUUGUUUAUAUUGUCGUCUUCAUUUCCAUCGUCGUAAGGCAUUCCAUUGUUGAACAGUUUCCACUAGUUAUACUUACUUUUCUAGUGUUGGCCCUUAGCCUUUCUGCUAAUUUUAUUUUUAUUUAUUUGAAGAUCCCGCACAGAAUAAGCCCUUUUGGGCCUUCAUGCCACACUGUCCAACAACCCCUGACAACCCUGAUUUGGCCCUAAUCCACUCACAGGACAAUUUACAAUGACUAUUUAAGCCACUGGGAGGAAACCUGAGGGCCCAGAGAAAGCCCACAUAUUCCACAGGGAGGAUGUACAGAGGACACCGCGAUUGAACUCCAAAUUCUGACACCCCAAGUGUAAUAGUGUUACGGUGAAACUAAUUUCUAAUUGGUGAAACUGUCUUAAUGGACUGAAAAUUGAAAUGUAAGAUACAGCAUUUAAAAUCUGAAGCAAAAUUGUAAAUCAUGAGAUUCAGUGCAUUGUAAUUGUGCUAAAGAGUCUGAUUUUUUUUCAUUAAGUGCAAUCGUGAACAAUAGCCAGAUCAGAAAUGCUGAUCAAGUCAACUAGUUCUCAAAGAGAACUCCGAUAGGCCAAUCAGAUGGUUCACUGCUGCUCAGCGAUAGAACACAGAAAAAUAAUACAGGCACAAGGGUCGCUAGCUCCUGUACCCCAGAAACACACCUGAACAAUGCGGCAGAGGUAUGUGCUAUGCAUGACCUGAUCUGAAAGCAUCAUGUUGACUCGUAACAUAUCUUGUUCAUGGUGGAACAGCUUGGUCAAGGAUGGGGUGAUCAGCACUGAUGGACAAAUUAUACCUCCACUACCCCGAUUGCUAGCCAUUGACUAUUAUCACAUUGCCCAAAUUGGAGAUGAGUUACGCAAAUACGGUACUGCAAAUAUUUGUUAGAGAUGUUGAUAGCAAGAUAACAAAUUGGCUUGUAUUACUUAAACAUUAAAGAUCAGUAUCUAGUAUCACCCAGCUUAAGUAACUAAACUGCAAGCACACUAAAAGGGUGGGAAAAGUUGCCAAAUCUUUUCAAAAAUGAUGUACAAUUCUAGAAAGGAUAUGCACUACUGUGCAAAAGUCUUGGGUACAUGUAUGUACAUCUGACCUUGGACAAUACUGUAUUUGUCAACAUGCAUGAGUCAAGAGCAAGUUUGUAAAUCUGGCGGGAGCAAAGGAUGUUGGGAAUGGUGAGUGUGGAGUGCCACGGGAGGGGUGCAGGAUAGUUGGCAGAGUGCCAGGGUGGUACAGGUGAAGACACUCCCCACCCUGAGACACCGGCAAGGUCAUUUGAUUCCAAACAAUUGGUUUAUUGAUCAUUAUAGAGCAUAUCUCUGGAUGCUUCCCUCUCCCAUUCCCUUUACCUAACCAUGAUUACUCUCUCCCUGCCCCCUUCCCACUCAGUCCACAAUACAGACUAUAUCAGAAUCAGGUUUAUCAUCACAGUACAGUAUUUCUUGGGGUUUCUAGUGGCACAUCGGAGAACCUUUGCUGGACUCCUUGCAAGUGAUUAUAUUGUGAGAAUUUAAAAAAUAGUGUAAGGUAGAUAAGAGUUUGAAGGAGAAGGGUAAAUUAUUUACUGUGCCAUGUAAAAGUAUUCAGCCCUCCUAUUCUUUCUUCACAGAAGUCAACUGAGAGUUAAUCGUCACAUGCUUUUUUUGCACAGUAGGCCCAAAAAAACGGAAAAUUGUAAAGCAUUAAAAACCAAAAGUUCAAAAACUGAAAUGUCAGCAGUACAAAUGUAAGAAGGGUCUCAGCCCAAAACGUCGACUAUCUAUUCAUUUCCAUAGAUGUUCCCUGACCUGCUGAGUUCCUCCAGCAUUUUUGUGCAUGUUGCUUUGGGUUCUCAGUAUCUGUAGAAUCUCUUGUGUUCUCCCCCUUUGCUCAGUACUUAAUUGAGUCACUUCUUACAGCUGUUACAGCCAGUAGUCUUUUUGGAUAAGUCUCUUAUUAGUUUUGCAUGUGAUGGAGCAAGAUUUUCCCAUUCCUCCUCACAAAAUUGCUCAAGCUGUGCCAGGUUAGUUGGGGAACAGUGGCGGAGAGCAGUCUUGAGGUCUUGCCAGAGAUGUUGAAUAUCUGCCAUACUGUUAGACCUUACAGAGAGAGGGGGUAUUUAUUCCUAUGAAUUCAUUGAAAACAGAAGCUCCUCCAAUUUUCUUCAUCAACAAAUUGGGUGAAUCAGUAAGGUAAUAUACAGUAUUACCCCUGUGAAAAGUGCAAUUACAAAGGAGAUGAAUACUUCCUCAGCUUCAAUUUUGGGUUUAAAUUUUAAUAAAUUAUUCACAGGUUUAGCUAUUUUUCUUUUGAUUUGACAUGCUGCAUAAUGUUUUGUAGUUCAGCUCAAAAUUCCUACUUCAAUAUAAAAGUAGAAAAUGAGAGUGAAAUGUGAAAAUAGUUGUGGGGGAAGAAUACUUUUCAAGGCACUGUAAGCUGGUGGAGAAUUAAGUGCUCUGGUUUCUUCCCACAGUCCAAAGAUGUACUGGAUAAGUUAAUUGGUUAUUGUAAAUUGUCCCGUGCUUAGAUUAGGGUUAAUUGAGGUUGUGGGGUGGCACGAAGUGCCUAUUCCCCACUGUAUCACUAAAUAAAUAGAGCUAUGAAUGUACCAUUGAGAGUGUACUCACCAACUGCAUCUCAGUGUGGUAAGGCAAUUGUCCCGUAUGGGACCGCAAAGCACUCCAGCGUGUGGUGAAAACUGCCCAGCGGAUUAUCGGCACCCAAUUGCCCACCAUUGCCUGGGCAGGGCGAAAAGCAUUAUCAGGGAUGCAUCUUACCCUAACCAUAGACUUUUUACUCUCCUCCCAUCCGGUAGGUGCUACAGGAGCCUCCGCUCCUGCACCAGCAGGCACAGGAAGAACUUCCCUGAGGCUGUGACACUGCUGAACCUCUCAUCAUAGCGCUAAGCAGUAUUGCGUCCCUAUUGUACUGUCUCAGUACUUCUAUAUUUGUGUGCUGUAGCACUUCUUUUAUUCACAGUUAUUUUGUAAAUAACACUGCAUUUCUGGUCAGAUGCUAAAUGCAUUUCGUUGGCUUUGUAUCUGUACUCGGCACAAUAACAAUAAAGUUGA